GGGAACAAAUGUGCAGAAGCCGGCACACGGUGUAUCAGCAAAAUAUACAAUUUGAUGAUAUACCCAGAAAUUUCCGGAAAGAAAACUUUAAUCCAGCAGAAUAAUAUGAGAGCUUUUGAGUUGCAUACUGCGGCUGUGAAGUUUUCAGAUUUGUUCUUAAAACCUUUACCAUUCCUUUACUUCCACUAUCAUGGCUACUGCUACUACUGCAACUUCAUCAUCAGUUUUCUUCAGUUCACAUACAAAAACACGAUUUCAAUCAAAACCCAUUAGUUCAAUUAGCUUUCCAUCUUCAAAUUUCUUGCAGAAGAAUACAAAUCUCAAAUUACAGAGAGUGGAGUUGCUUCCAUCAAGAUUGGAGUUCAGGAAACAGUUAAAGAUCAAGGUGAGUGCUAACAAAGAGAGUUUCUCAUCGAAUGAGGAGAUCCAGUCUUUGGUUUCUAAUGAAGAAGCUGCUGUAGUGAAUCAAGAUGAAGUUUUCUCUAGGACUUCUGUGAUUCUACCGUUCUUAUUUCCAGCUCUUGGUGGUUUACUUUUUGGGUAUGAUAUUGGUGCCAUUUCAGGAGCUGCUGUCUCUUUGCAGUCACCAAAGCUUAGUGGGACAACAUGGUUCAAUCUAUCUUCCAUACAGCUUGGACUUGUGGUGAGUGGUUCUCUUUACGGAGCUUUUAUCAGUUCCAUCCUCAUCCACCCCAUUGCACAUUUUCUAGGAAGGAGACGUGAACUUAUUAUAGCAGCUAUGCUAUAUAUGCUUGGUGGUUUAACCACUGGUUUGGCACCAAGCCUUAGUGUUCUCAUAUUAGGGAGGUUUCUCUACGGUCUUGGAAUAGGUUUGGCCAUGCAUGGGGCUCCUCAAUAUAUUGCUGAGACUUGCCCCUCUCAGAUUCGUGGAAAACUUGUAUUCAUGAAGGAACUCAUUAUAGUUUUCGGGAUACUGUUAGGUUAUCUUGCUAGAAAUAUUGAUGCCGUUGGAGGGUGGCGUUAUAUGUUUGGGUUCAGUGCUCCUGUAGCACUCUUAAUGGGAUUAGGCAUGUGGAGUUUGCCAGCAUCUCCACGCUGGUUGCUUCUCAGAGCAGUUCAGGGUAAAGCAUCUUUACAGGAAAACAAGGAGAGAGCCAUCACAGGACUAAGCAGAUUGAGAGGUCGGCCUUCCGGUGAUAAAGUAUGUGAGAAACAAGUAGAAGAAAUUCUUGUCUCAUUGAAAGAGGCCCAUGCUGAUCAAGAGUCUGAAGGCAGUUUUUGGAAGGUGUUUCGAGAGCUGAGUAUACAGGCAGUCACAGUUUGCGUAGGUCUAGUCCUUUUUCUGCAGAUAACAGGGCACCCAAGUUUGUUGCACUACACAGGUUCCAUUCCUCAGACUGCAGGAUUCGCUGCUGCAUCAGUUGCUGCCCGAGUUGCUGUUGUAAUUGGUCUGCUUAAGUUUCUAAUAUUUCUUGGGAGGAGACCAUUACUGAUUGAAGGUGUUAGUGGCAUUACCACGGUUUCAUUGGUGUUUCUUUCAGCUUAUUACAAAAUUCUCCAGGGGCAUCCCCUUGUAGCUGUAGGUGCUCUGCUUCUCUACAUUGGCUGCUACAAGAUAUCUUUUGCACCAAUUAGUUGGCUAAUGGUAUCCGAGACCUUACCCAUUCGUAUCAGAGAGCGUGGGAUUAGUCAAUAUGGUCUUUCUGUUCUAAAAACUUUUGGUGCAAAUGUUCUUGUAUAUUUUGCUCCUUCCUCGUUGAAGGAACAAAUUGCUUCACAACUAGUGAACAUCCUACUAUUUGUUGGAAUUGCUUUAGCAUCUGUUCUAUUCGUGGUCUUCAUCGUUCCAGAGUCGAAAGGUUGAGCUUGGAGGAGAUCUUGAAGUGACAGAUUAAAUGCCUUACUGAGCAAAGCACAUAUUUUAGCUGCAGUUGCUUUGUGUCAUCUCAUUUGUAAAGAGAAAUUCACUCGCGGCGUGGGAAGUUCAUAUGUAUGUGAAUUGAAUUCUGACUGUUGCAGUUUUUGUAAUUGCAUAUAAAUAAACCACAAUCUUGAGUUUUUUUUUUUUUUUUGGAUACUCAUGAUUUCAAACCCAACUCAUUGGUGUCAUUGCGAAAUGACUUUACCACUGU